CUCUCUCUCUCUCUCUCUCUCUCACACACACAAGCAUUCCUAUAGGGCUUGUUUAUUCUGAGGCCUACAAUAGAAUGUCGAAGAUGACAAGCAAUAGAGUGGUUGCUAAAAGCUUCAGUUGGUAUGAGCCGAAGCUUGGAUAUUGUGUAUUUAUAGGAUACUUCAUCCUGGCUUUAACCACCUUCACUCUUCUUAAACCUUUUUUGGAUCUUCUACCAAUUUCGAAUUUGCAACUGUCAAUGGGCACUGGCCUCAAUAAACUAGUAAUUGAGGACACAAACAGUUCUCAGCCAUCAAUUUCAGGUGGAGAAUUAAUAAUUUUGAAACAGGAGAGAAAGCCAAUUUGCAAUGUUUCGAACCCGAAAUUCGACUUUUGUGAUAUUGAGGGAGAUGUAAGGAUUCAUGGUAGUAAUUCCUCCACCAUCUUAUUUGCUGCUUCAUCUCAAAUGGGUACUUUGGAAGGAGAUGAAUCAUGGUUCAUCAAACCUCAUCCUAGAAAAUAUGACCGAAAUGCAAUGAAGUUUAUUAAGGAAUUCUCAGUAAAAGCCAUUGUGGAUCAUGAAGAAGCCCCACCUUGUACAGUAAAUCACAAUGUUCCGGCCAUUGUCUUCUCAAUUGGAGGAUACUCAGAUAAUCAAUUCCAUUCUUUUUCCGAUUUACUCAUUCCUCUCUUUACAGUUUCCGCCCAAUUUCAUGGUGAAGUUCAGUUUCUUGUCGCCAAUUUUGAAAAAGAUUGGAUUAUCAAAUUCCAAGCAGUACUAGAACAACUUUCUAAGUAUGAAAUCAUCGAUAUUGAUACCGAUGAUAAGGUUCGUUGUUUCCCGCGUAUGAUUGUGGGUCUAAAGUUUUACAAGGACUUGAAAAUUGAUCCCUUAACAGCUUCAAAUGGGUACUCCAUGAAAAUGUUCAGGAAGCUCUUAAGAAAGGCCUAUUCAUUGAAGAAAUCAACUGCAAUCAAGAUUGGUCCUCAUACACAAGAGAAGCCUAAGCUUCUGAUCAUAUCACGUAAAGGGUCUAGAUCAUUUAUGAAUGUUGAUGAAAUAGCUGAAAUGGCUAAAAGCUUAGGGCUUGAAGUGGUUGUCUCUGAGGCUACAAAGAAUUUGAAUGAGUUCUCCCUUGUCUUGAACUCUUGUGAUGUGAUGUUAGGAGUUCAUGGAGCAGGGCUCACAAACUUUGUUUUCCUUCCUACCAAUGCAAUAGUAAUACAGGUACUUCCUUGGGGUGGAUUUGAAUGGGUAGGUUCUAAUUGUUAUGGGAAGCAACCUACCUUGGAGAUGGACUUAAGGUAUUUGGAGUAUAAGAUCAAGGUAGAAGAGAGCUCUCUACUACAACAGUACCCUCUUGAUCAUCCAGUCAUUAAGGAUCCUUCUUCAGUAACUAAUCAUAGCUGGGGACUAUUUAAAUCUGUAUACAUGGAUAAGCAAAAUGUAAAGAUCAAUGUGGGUAGAUUUAGAGCUACCUUAUUAGAAGCACUUGACCUUCUCCAUUACUAGCUGGGUUCAAGUAUAUUUAUGUUGUUGACUUAUAGUCUUCUUGAAUUUGAACUUUGUCUAGGGAACUUUCAGUGUAAAUCAUUUUUAUUCUCAAUAAUUUGUUCUCUACUUUAUUGAAUUUUCAUCUCAUCCGCUCUU